AUGGUUCGAACUUAUCUACGACGUGUUGAUUCAAUACCACGCGUUAUUGCUGUUAAACAAAAUCGUUUUAAAAAAACAAAAGAACAAGCACAUCGAAAAGUUUUCGAAAUAGAGAAUAUGCGCAGGCGACAACUAGCAAAAGAGGAAGGCAAGUGUUGCACAAAAGACAAUUGUUUAACAUGCUGCAAAAAAUUUACAGCAUUCAUGUUUUCACGUGUCGGUCUAUUUUGUGUUAUGAUUGGUUAUGUAGCAUUUGGAGGAUGGUUAUUUCAAACAUUGGAAUCAACAAAUGAACAAAAUAUGAGACGGGCAAUGGGUGAAGAAUUAAAUACAACAUUAUAUAAAUUAUGGAUAGAACUACUCAGAGUUAAUUCAUAUCCAUACGUUGAUAAAAGAGGAAAUUUUUCUAUUUAUGCCUCACGUGAACUUGAACGUUUUGAAGCAAUGGUCAUUGUUCAAGUUCAACAAGGUUUUGAUGGUCGAACAAGAACAAAUUCAGAACAUGAUUGGAAUUUUUUUGGUGCAAUAUUAUACGCUGUUACAUUAAUAUCAACAAUAGGUUAUGGUCAUAUAACAACAAAGACGACACAAGGAAAAAUUGCCACAAUAUUGUAUAGCGCAUUUGGUGUACCAUUAAUGAUGCUAUUCGUUGCUAAUAUUGGCUCAACAAUGGCUAGAAUGUUUCGUUUUGUGUUUUCUCGUAUAACAAUAAUUGUAUGUUGUCGUAUGCAUAAAAAAAAACGUCCACAAAAAGUAAAGUCAAUGACAGUCAAUAAUACACUCGAUAAAUUACCAUCAUAUACAUUACGUAAUACAAAUAUUAAAACAACACCAUCACUUGAAUUAAAACAACAUCAUCAAUCUACGUUACUAUCACAACAAAAUGAAUCAGUCCCAAAUUUAACAACAAAAUCAAGUAUCAAACGUUCCAAAGAUAAUAAUUCAUUAUCCGUCCAAUCAACAUCAGUUAUAGAUGAAAAUAAUACAAAAUUACGUUUUCAAAGUCUCUCAUCUUCACCAUCAAAUUCCUCCUCCUCAUCAUCAUCAGUAAACACAGAUGAUGAUGAGAAAAAUUUAGAAACAAAUGUUCGUUCAUUGCCAGCAGACAUACGUUUAAAUCUAUUAACUGGUGUACCAGUAACACAUAAACAACGUAAUAGUCUGACAACAUCAAUACGUUCAAAUACAUCAAUGACCGAUAGUAAUGGUGGUGGUGGCCGUAAAAAAGAUGCAAUUAAUCGUAUUAAUGAAUUAAUUCGUCAAAAUUCUGUUCAAGAUGAUGAAGAUAAUAAUAAAGAUAAUAUAAAUGGUGUACGAAAUCAAAACCGCCAAUCAACAGAUUUAAAUCCAAUUGAAUUUUAUAUUAAUGAAACACUGAAACUGACAACAAAUCUUGAUAAUGAUAAUAAUAAAAAGAAGAAACUUAAUGAACUUCAACAAACAACAAUAAUCACCAAUGAUAAAAUAGAUGAAGCAAAUAUGCAAAAAGCAACAUUUGAUAACAACAUCGUAGAAGAAAAAAAUUUGAAAAAAUCAUCUUCAAAGAAAAAACGUAAAGAAUUAAAACGAUCAAAAUCCGAAUCGACUCAUAAUCGUAAAUUGAGAAAAAAUAAUACGAAUAUUUCUGAAGAUCAUACUGAAUCGAAAACACGUGAUGGUCAUCAUCGAGAUAAAACAAAUUCUAAUAACAAUGAUCAAGAUAUAACAGUAGAAAAAGAGGCAUCACUAAUACCACCACCAGAUAUUGAAUGUUUAACAGAUCCAAAAGAUGGUACAACUACAACGAGUAAUACUAAUCGCUCAUUCCGUAAACGUUUAUUUUCACGAAAAAGUUCCAAAAAAAAGACAAAGGAUGGAGCGACAUUACAUCGACAAUCGAGUGCUAUUGAAUUUCGAAAAAUAAAUGAAACAGAUGAUAAAACAAUUCGAGGAUUACGAAAACAAAGAAGUUUUAAUGAAAAACGAAAUCCACCAAGUUAUGAUGAAUCAAAUAAAUUAUCAGAAUUAAAUGAAAAAGAUCUUCAUCUAACAAUUCCAUCUCGUUUAACAUGGUCACAAAAUCUACAACAGCAACAAUCAACACUUCCUUCACAACUUGUUUAUCUUGAUGAAGAUGGUGAUGAAGAAUAUGAAGAACAAAUGUCCGUUCCAUUAUUGGUGACUGUUUUUGUUAUACCUCUCUAUUUGACAUUGGGAGCAGUAUUGUUUAAUAUUUGGGAAGAAGAAUGGGGUUUUUUAAAUUCAUUUUAUUUUUGUUUUACAACAUUAACGACAAUCGGAUUUGGCGACUAUGUUCCCGGAUCAUCAUUGACAGUAGCAGCUAAAGAAAAAUUAAUAUCGGCUGCUCUAUACAUACUUUUAGGUUUAGUUCUUAUUGCUAUGUGUUUUAAUUUGAUGAAAGAGCAAUUUAAUCAAAAAGUCAAACAAAUCGCAGGAAAAUUAGGAAUAUUAGAAUGUUAA